AAUCGCAAUAUUUUUCAAAUUUUUUUUUCGCCCGUAUAUCAGCCGGUUUCUUAUCAAGAGAUCGUCGAUUUAAGAACCCACUACAUUUUGGAAUCAUUUGGGGGUACACGUGGAAUUUCUUAAUUUGACAACCUGCUCAUUAUUGCGCGGCCUUGUCGAUGUCAACUUCAUUGAAUGUGGCAGAUGAAUUCAUGAGAAGAGUUUAACUGGAAUAAGAUCAAGAGCUUUGAAUUUAAUUAAAUUUGCUGAAAGUGGUGAAUAGAUGGUCCUUUAAAAUCUGAUAGGAUUGAUUAAAGCGGACAUUUUUGUGGCGGUUUCAAAAUGGAGAGAGAACAUUACUUGGUUUUGUAUAUUUUGUUUAUUCAAACUUUCUGUUCCGCCAGCGAUUCGCUGAAAGUUGGGGACGUUCGGGUCAACGAGGGACCUUGCAUGGAUAAGGACAAAUCUUACGCCUUGCCAAGGCUCAAUCCGGUCAAGAUGGGAUAUGUCCAAGAUAUUGACUUAGGCGGUGAAAAAAAGCACUCCAUGAUAACAAGAGCUCUUCAACCACCAAUCUUUGAAAUCCCAGAUUUUCUGACAGAAGAAGAAUGUGACUUCAUCAUGAAUCGAGCAGUGGAGCAAGGCAUGCAGAACAGUGUGGCUAGAGGUGGUCUCACACCAAAACUGCAGCCCAUUCUCCCUGACAAUGUGACUGGAGUGUUGAAACCAAGCGAGCUUGGUGGUCGAUUUGAUCAUUGGGAUCGUAAUAAAAAUGGUGUUAUUAGUAUUUUAGAGAUAAUAAAAUUUGCCAGGAAGAAACAUCUUCUGUUCCUCAACAAAGAAGAUAUUUCAUACAUGAUUGAAAACCUGAACAUCACACAGGCAGAAGAUGGAAAAAUAACAAGAGACGAGUUUCCUUCAACCAACAUCCUCGGCAUGGAUGGUUACUUUUAUAAACUUCACAGACUUCAUCCAAAACAUAGAGACAGAUACAGCGAGCAGACUUGGGUGAGAUUCGGACGUGAUAAAACGAUGACGAGGAUUUUGAAGAGGAUUACGAAACUGACUAAGUUACCAAGUUUCUUGGUGCACGGUGGUGAAGAGAUGCAGGUCGUCCGUUACCAACCGUUCGGUCACUAUCAUGCCCAUUUUGACAGCGAGACUCACACAAGACAGAAUAUGCCAUGCUGUCAUCAGGCCUUGCCCGAGCGAAGAUGUAAACUUUGCAGAUAUGUCACCGUUUUGUAUUAUUUAAAUGACGAGUACAAAGGAGGGGAAACGGCCUUCCCACUUGCUGACAAUACCACUUUAGAUUUGUCGAAGGCAAAAGCUCGCGAAGACAAGGAUAUGUUCAACCUGAACGAAUAUUGUCACACCGCCAAUCUGAUCGUGAAACCUAAAAAACGUGGAACAGCAGUGAUGUGGUAUAACCAUAGAGUCGAUUAUAAAAAUGGCGGAUGGUUAGGAGAGUUGGACGGCUACAGUCUGCAUGGUGGAUGUUUGGUGACCGAAGGGGAAAAAUGGAUUGCAAAUAAUUGGUUAACAGCUCCCUACCAUCAUGAUGUCGAUACCCCGAGUAUAUUUUUAAAUAGAUUUGAAGGUUAUGGAACGUUUUGAUUGAUAAAUAAAUAUGAUUUUAAAUGGCCAGCCGAAAACGACAACAGACAACGUACUUACAAGUAGGCAGUUUGGAUCUGGUCUAACGUGCAUUGCGUUUGGGACAGAAAAUGAACCGUUUCCGGUAUUGCUGACAGCAAAUUUUUUUAGGCAAAUGUGGUUUUUAAAUAAAUUAUUUU